AUGUCCGAACCGACUAUUUCCUUCGAUCGAAGACUGCGUUGGUGCAAGCAAGCGGCUGAGGCAAUCAAAUAUAUACACGAGAAACGCGUCAUUCACUGCGAUAUUAACCUUCGCAAUUUUCUACUGGACGAUAACUUUGACCUCUUGCUUUCGGAUUUCCAGGGGAUGUUAAAGUCGGCUCAUGGCGAAACGUUGAUAGACGGACUAUCUCGGGAGUGUUCAAAGUCGUUCAUGCCUCGGGCCCAUGGAGAUUAUGCAGAUGUGAAAACUGAUAUUUUCGCGCUUGGUAGCGCAAUCUAUUUCAUCAUAACAGGGCAUGAAGUUUUUCCGGAAUUGGAUAGCUUGGAAGAUGAUGAGGAGAUAGCAUCACGGUUUCAAAAUGGACAGUUUCCCACUGAUGACCAUGCAUGCUAUCAUAUCACUGAGAAGUGCUGGAAGCAACAAUACGAAACUGCUGAAGAUAUUGUUUCUGAUAUCCUACAAAUCCAGAUGCUACGAAACGUUGGAAAGGAACCUUCUUGA